CGCCAACUUAGCGCUUUGAAACUAUUCGCAAGAAACGAGUUUUUUUCCAGCAACAAUAUGUUGUAUCCGAAGGAAGAUAAAGAGAACAGGCAGUUAUUGUACGCAUGCAGGAACUGUGAUCACAAACAGCUUCAUGAAAAUCCGUGCAUAUACGUGAACAAAUUGCUGCAUGAAGUAGACGAGCUCACUCAAAUUGUGGCCGAUGUUAUACACGACCCGACAUUGCCGAAAACCGAGGACCACCCAUGUCCAAGAUGUCAAAAACGUGAAGCUGUAUUUUUCCAGGCGCAGUCCCGACGAGCUGAAGAAGAAAUGAGGUUGUACUAUGUUUGUAAACGUUGUGCUCAUCGUUGGACCGAUUAA